UGGGUGCAAUCAGACUAUUGUAGGGAAAGAAGAACAGGUCGGUUUCGAAUCGCACCAACUGGGUGGGAGUAAUUGAAAGCUAUUCGCGGCCACGACGCCGCUGUGAACUUUAGCCACUUGCUGCUCGGUUUUGGGGAAAUCCUCCAGCGUCUGUUGGGAUGAAGAGAGACGUUUGAACAUUCUCUAGGAUUCGGACGGUGGAAAUAAGGAGGAAGGAACACGGCGUCGUACGGUUGCGCGUGAUAAAUCGGUGAAUGCAAUGGAGCAGCAGCAGCAGCAGCGACAGAGAGCUCUAUCAACAUCAGGAGAAUCGCUGUACGCUGUGCUUGGAGUGGACAAGAAUGCUACCACAGAGGAAAUCAAGAAAUGUUACAGGAAACUGGCAUUAAAGUUUCAUCCAGAUAAGAAUCCUGACAAUCCAGAGGCGGCCGAGAAAUUCAAAGAGAUAAACAACGCUCAUUCCAUCUUGAGCGACAGCACCAAGAAGAACAUCUAUGACAAGUAUGGCUCCCUGGGCCUCUAUGUGGCCGAGCAAUUUGGAGAGGAGAACGUCAACACCUACUUUGUUCUGUCCAGCUGGUGGGCCAAGGCAUUGUUUGUCUUCUGCUGCUUGUCCACCGGUUGUUACUUCUGCUGCUGCCUGUGCUGCUGCUGCAACUGCUGCUGUGGAAAAUGCAAACCUCGGCCACCCAUGGACCAGGAGCCCGAUUUCUAUGUAUCCCCCGAGGAUCUGGAGGCACAGAUGACGGCCGACGAGAGAGAUGGAAGCAACGAGCCCAUCGUGAUGCAGCCGUCCUCUGCCACAGAAACCACGCAGCUCACCGCUGAGACCCACCAAAGCUACAGGACUGACGCAUAUUAGAAAGACACACACGCACACACACACACACUUCUACCUCCCCGGUUUUUCCCUUCAGUUGUUCCAUUUUGAAUUGGAAAUGAAAAAAGGAACUUUUUAUUAUUAUUAUUAUUAUUAUAUUUUUUAAUCAAAGAGCCACAUGAAAACUUGGCACCGGACUGACUUUGAUUUUAAUACUGUUUACAAUUGUUUGGGUUGAUGCCGCCCAAAGGUUCGGUAAUGAGCAUCAAUGAAGAUACAUUAGCAGACCAUGGCCGUGAUCCAUUACAGCAGGGGUGGCCAACCCGCGGCUCGUGAGCCGCAUGCAGCUCUUUGGCUGGUUCCAUGCAACUCCCGGGCUUUCACACGACAAGCGUCAAACGCCUCGGCGAAGGUGAUGCCAUUCAAACAACGAUGCUUAAUACACAGAACAUAUUACGUCAGCCUAUCAUCAAUCCCGUUACUUGAUUGACAUGGAGGGCAACCAAUCAGAGGACUGAAUCACUGCUCAUGCGCAUACAACAGCGCUAAGUGCUAAGUCCUAAGCUAGUCACCGUUAUAAUAAUACUUUACAUAAUACUUCACGCGGCCCGAUAGUCCAGUGGUUAGCACGUCGGCUUCACAGUGCAGAGGUACCGGGUUCAAUUCCACCUCCGGCCCGGGCUUGCGUGGAUUUUCCCCGGGUGCUCCGGUUGCCUCCCACAUUCCAAAAAACAUGCGUGGCAGGCUGAUUGAACACUCUAAAUUGUCCCUAGGUGUGAGUGUGAGCGCGGAUGGUUGUUCGUCUCUGUGUGCCCUGCGAUUGGCUCGCAACCGAUUCAGGGUGUCCCCCGCCUACUGCCCGGAGACAGCUGGGAUAGGCUCCAGCACCCCCCGGGACCCUCCUGAGGAUCAAGCGGUACGGAAGAUGAAUGAAUGAAUAAUACUUCAUUCACUUAACUAUCAUUGUUCAGUUAUGGUGCAGUGAAAGGAUCCUUAGAAUAGUGUUAAAAGCAUGACAUUUGGUCCCUAAGUGUGUUUGUGAGUGUGAAUAGCUGUUUGUCUAUGUGGGCCUUGCGAUUGGCUGGCAACCAAUUCAGCGUGUACCCCAUCUACUGCCCAAAGACAGCUGCAGCACGUCCCGUGACCCUUGUGAGGAUAAGCGGACUAGAAAAUGGAUGGAGGGACUACCUUCGUAUAAAUACAAUCAGUUAAUACACAUAAAAUACAUCUUGGCAAGCAUGUGUGACAGUCUACUUUUUGCAGCCAAGUUCCUAGAUGAUGCAAACGUUUGAUUCUGGCUUAAUGUGAACAGUGUCACCUUUCAAGAAAAGGCUAACUUUUCAAGUGUUUGCUUUUAGUUUUAUUCUCACAUCGAAAAGAAUAUUGUGUAACGGUUGUUACGCGGAUACUGACAAUGACUUGCUGGCUGGGCAGAACUGAACUGUGGUGGAACUGGUUGUCGUCGUUUUUUGUUUUUGGCUGUAGAAGUUCCACAUCAUUGACACAAAUCCAGCGGGCGUCACCUUUGGCUGGUAAGCCAUAAGAGCGUCCCAUGUCUCGCAGAAACUUCACCUGCACUUCUUCAGCAUCAGAAUCUCAAACAAAAUUCAAACCGCAGAUGUCAGGUUACAUUAAAGCGUAUUAGAAUAGAUUCUAUGCUGAUGGAAAUUUGAUGGUAGAGCGUGAGUGUAAAGCACAUCUGGAGCUACCUGAAAUUUUCAGGAUCCUAACAUGCUUACGUAUAUUUACUGAUGUGUGUUACCAAAUUUCCGGGUCAUGUAAGCUGACCAAUUACAUUUUUAAAUCAAAUUCAGUCCAGUCGCCUGAUUUUCUUUUUUUAAUCUGAAACCUGAAAUUGCAAUGACAAAAAAACUUUUGGUUUUGUGGUGGAUUAAAACACAAAACAUUGUCAUUUUUGGAAAAUGACUUUGCAAAAAAAAAUAAUUAAAAUAACGAAAAACAAAAUUUAUAAUCAGCAUGACACACAUGUUGCUAAAUGCUGUCAAGAAUCCAGUGUCAUCACUAAUCACUUACUUUACGUUUUUAAACAUCCCUUUGUGUGUAGGUUUUUUUUCCUGUCGAGAGCUUUGUGAGAAAUUGUCUGCCGCUUGUUUCAAAGGAGGCAGAGGACAAAGAUUAAUAGAUUGAAGGUGUCGAUUUGAGGCAUCGGAGUCAACACGAUUGUUGAUGCAAACUACUGAAACCUUGUCAUUUCUCUACACUUUCUCUCUCUCUCUCUCUCUCUCUCUCUCUCUCUCUCACACAUAGAGGUCCUCUCUUUCAGUCAGCAUCAUGCUACGUGGUCACUCGACUUCCUGCAAGGGAAGACAGAAUGUUGUGGAAAUAACAAUUGACAAUCAUCUGGGUCCUCCACUCUCCAUCAUCUCCUGCCUUCAUGGUUCCUUCAAACUGAGAAGAAUGAAAGACAAAUCAAAAUGUUUAGACCUUAUGUUCUGUUUUAAAUGUGAUGAUAGUGAGCAGAUGAUAUUGUUCUAUUUAUUUCAAGUUUCUUAACUUUUUAACAUGUUUGUGUCGACUGUGUGGUCAUAGAAAUUUGCAUACGGUGGGUUUCAUGUUAGACCCACAUGUUAGUGUGUAACAUGGAACUCUCAUAAUGAUUCAUCAGAAGAAUAAAACAUUUGACUUCUA